UGAGGUCUCUGAGCGGCUCGCCAUGGCUGGCCCGCAGCAGCAGCCCCCUUACCUGCACCUGGCCGAGCUGACGGCGUCCCAGUUCCUGGAAAUCUGGAAGCACUUUGAUGCAGACGGAAAUGGGUAUAUUGAAGGUAAAGAGCUAGAAAACUUUUUCCAAGAGCUGGAGAAGGCAAGAAAAGGCUCUGGCAUGAUGUCAAAGAGUGACAACUUUGGGGAGAAGAUGAAGGAGUUCAUGCAGAAGUAUGACAAGAACUCAGAUGGGAAAAUUGAGAUGGCAGAGCUGGCGCAGAUCCUGCCGACUGAGGAGAACUUCCUUCUGUGCUUCAGGCAGCACGUGGGCUCCAGCGCCGAGUUUAUGGAGGCUUGGCGGAAGUAUGACACAGACAGAAGUGGCUACAUUGAAGCCAAUGAGCUGAAGGGAUUCCUGUCGGACCUACUGAAGAAGGCAAACCGGCCAUACGAUGAACCCAAGCUCCAAGAGUACACCCAAACCAUACUACGGAUGUUUGACUUGAACGGGGAUGGCAAAUUGGGCCUCUCAGAGAUGUCCCGACUCUUGCCCGUACAGGAAAAUUUCCUGCUUAAAUUUCAGGGCAUGAAGCUGACCUCAGAGGAGUUCAACGCGAUCUUCACAUUUUACGACAAGGACGGAAGUGGCUACAUUGAUGAGAAUGAACUGGAUGCCCUGCUGAAGGAUCUGUAUGAGAAAAACAAGAAGGAAAUGAACAUCCAACAGCUCACCAACUACAGGAAGAGCGUCAUGUCCUUGGCCGAGGCCGGGAAGCUCUACCGCAAGGACCUGGAGAUUGUCCUCUGCAGCGAGCCCCCCAUGUAAACUGGGGACAAGGGCUGCUUCUCCACCUCCCCCAGACCUGCCCCUGCUACCCAGCCCCCUCUACCCAGACCCAGAGAUCACGAGCGCCCCUGCCCCGGUCCCUGCGACCUGCACACGCCAGCCUGCAGAGCAGGAAAGGAGAGAUGGAGAAUGGGCUGCUGACGGGCCUCCUGGAGCCCUCUCCA